UCUUUAGGUUUGUUUUUUAUUCCAAGCGUCGCUCUUUGCAGGGCCCUCUCCAUCGACCCGUAACUAUUCACGCUGCAAGAUGAGCCCGCUGAAUCUUCCGCCGUUCCAUGUGGGACAGCUUCUCUGCGGAGGCUUUCAGGGAACCACGGUCACACCGCAAGCGUACCAUUUGAUCGUCGACCAUCACGUCUCGCUGAUGAUUUUGUCCCGCAAGAAUGCCUUGCUGGCACAACAGAUGCUGAAGUUGAUCAGAGAUUUGCAGUAUAUCGCUUUUUCGCAGGGCCAUUACCAAUAUCCAAUCAUGUUUGCUAUAGACGAAGAAGGAGGCAUGAUGAACUCGCUUUUUGAUCCAGAUUUCUUGACCCAAUGCCCAGGAGCCAUGGCUCUUGCUGCUACAGGAGAUACAGAACUUGUGUACGAGCUUCUGAAGGCAAUUGCUAUCGAGUUGAAGAACAUUGGUUUCCUGAUUAUAUUGGGUCCCGUGUUAGACGUUGUCACCAAGCUCUCACAUCAGUUGGUAGGAGUCCGCAGCUUUGGAACUACCAUCGAAGACGUGUCUAAAUACAGUCAGGCCUGUGCUAAAGGAUUGCAAGAGGGUGGUUUGUUCACUGUAGGGAAGCAUUUCCCUGGAAUCGGUAACGCUACCGUAGAUAGUCUUCUCGAAUUGCCCAUGAUUGUAGAUUCAUUGGACCAGAUUAAGCACUUCAACAGCUUGCCAUUUGCCAAACUCAUCGAGCAGAAUCUUCUCGACGGAAUCAGUGCUGCAGGAUGUGGAGUUCCGACAAUCUCUCCAGACGAAACCCACGCCUGCUUGUCGCCCGUAGUCAUAAACCAGUUGCUUCGUCAAGAUUUAAAGUUCAAAGGUUUUGUAAUCUCUGAGUGUUUGGAAAUGGAUGCUUUGUACCAUCUGAUCGGUUUGGGCCAAGGUGUCAUUCUUGCCAUCUCUGCUGGUUGUGAUCUAGUCAUGGUGUGUCAUGACAUGGCUCUUCAGAAUGAAGCUGUGGAAUGCCUUGAGAAAGCCAUAGCCAAUGGCAAUCUCGAUGAUGAAAUCAUCCUUGCAAGCUUAAAUAGAAUAGAGCGCUUGCAGAAGCGAUUGCCUAAAUGGUCACAACUUUUCCCUAGAGGUGAAAUUUCAGCCAAGGAAGAUGAGAUCAAGUUGUUCAAAUACGAGCAUCCUGAGUUGUGGGAGAAACAUCAGAAAUUGGCCUCGCUAGCCUAUCAGAAAUCUAUCACUCUUGUUAGAGACUAUAAUCAUACUCUACCCAUCUCAAAGUUCUUGUCUUCCAGUGAGGACGAUAAGAAAAUUGAUCACAUUCUCAUAUUGUCACCUUUGCUUAAUCCUAUUUAUCCAUCCACUAAACUGCACAGCAAAGACGACCAAACUCAACAGCUCUACACCGGAGAAGAAGUAUUUCAGAAGUUUGGCGAUUUGCUUGCUAAUAAUUCGUUGAGUAAAACCAAAUCCUACAACGUGUUACACACUACAUACACAGCUAACGGAUUGACUCAGCUUCACGAACUGCUCAUUGAAAAAUCGAAAGUCGUCAUUGUCUUAACUUCCGAAGCUUCCAGAAAUAUGUACCAAAUCGGAAUAGUCAAAUAUGUAUCGAUUUUGUGCGGAGCGAACCCUGCUUCUUUCAACAACUCGGGUGCUACGUACUUUCAAUUGGCAAAGCCUCUAAUCAUAGUAGCUACUCUGUCUCCAUACGACUUUUUCUAUAACAAGACGAUGGGCAGUGCCUAUUUAUGCUGCUAUGAUUACACGAACAGUGCUCUUGAAAAGCUUGCUGGGGUUCUCAUGGGUGACUUUGAACCAGAAGGCUGUAUUCCAGGCGAGAAGAAAUUCAUAGGGAAGUCUAAGAAGAGGAAAUCAACAGGAUCAGUGGAAGGAGUGAGAAUGGAAAAACCACUUCUGAUGAAAAAGAUCAAGAGCUCUACACCCAAGAGAAGAUGGUUAGUCGACGAGUUUGACUUGAACCGUGACUGGACUGGGCUCCAAAAACUCUGGAAAAACAAUACAGUAGAAUCAGAUAUGGCGACUGGAACGAAUCACAACAAAAUUGACUAUUCAGUGCCCGACUUCUACAAGAGACUCUACGGACUAUUGGCGACUACUGCCAAGUCUCAGAAACAUUUUGUGGUCAGAAACUCUUCUCUCAAUAUAUUAUACGGUGUAGUUUUAACCUGGGUCGAUGAAAACUUACCUCUUGAUGGUGACUUGACCUCAGAAGAACAGAUUAGAGGCUCGAUACUCUAUAUCUUGGUGGACAAGUCCAGAAGAUUGCAGAGUAUUGGGAAAAACCUCCAUGCCAGAGCUAUUCGGUAUCUUUUGAAAGAGAGGAAAUGCUCUACCAUCACACUUGGAUCAUCUUUUCCGUUGUUUGUGUUUCCCGAGAACUCUAACAUUUCUAACAAUCGUAGCAACUCCAAGAUAUCUACGUUUAUGCAGAGUAUUGGCUGGGAUGUGAACGUCACAAAGUCAGCGAAGAAGUAUGUAAUGCAACUAGGAGACUUGGACAACUGGCUGGUCCCAAAGAAAAUAUUCAGAGAGUUGAUGAUCGUUGGUGUCAGGUUCGAUAUAUGUAGCGAUCCUGAGAAGCUCAUGAAGCUCAUUGCUCGGUCAACAAAGGAAAAUGAAAAUUCCGACGAUAAUAAAGGCAUCAAGGGGCUUUAUUUGGAGGCUGUCAAACAUUUGGGAAAUACCUCUCCCUAUGGUACCAAGAUCAUUAUUGCAUUGGAGCCUACGAACCAAAACGUAAUUGGGAGCAUUGUUCUAUUCACAAACAAGUCGCAGUUGUCUAAAUUCUUCCCAUUCAUUGACGAAUUAAAGGCAGAUGACGAAGGAGUAAUUGGAGGAAUUAUUGGACCAAUUAUAGAUCCACUGUAUUCAAACUUGACGGAAAUCUUCAAAUAUGGAUUGAUCUGCAGUGGAAUCACAUUCCUUAAAUCCAAUUUGAAUGACGGAGACACCACAAUGAACCAAUGCAUGAUGCUAGAUGUUAAUGAUGACAAAUCGCUCACAGGUAUAAAGGAGAUUGGAUUCUCCGAGUGGAAAUAUUAUUACGAUUACUAUGACAAGAAAAACAACGCCGAAAAGGCAUUUCUUGAUUGAACCUUUAUGGUUUACCUAAUCAACUUAAUGAAGAUGAUGUAUUUUAUGGGAACUAUACUGGACACGAUAAUCGGCUGAAUUGCCCAUUUAAUUUCUACAAUAAGCUAGGCUCUAUUUUUUACCAGUUGUUCAUUGGGCCGCUGUAUUUUAGGUACUACUGUAUAAUAAUGUAACAUAAGGGCAAUCUGAAUGGCCGUUCAGGCUUUAUAUAUUCACUUUCAAAGCAUGUUUUUUCCUGUUCGACUCUUAUUUUCCCCGUGCUCAACAUGACAUAAACAGCAUUGACUCUCAAUAUUUGUAUAUUUAAUUCAUGAAGGCAGAUAUCUGUUGCC